AUGAGAAAGUCCACUUCUUGGAAAGUUGAAGUCCUAACAGGUCAGGUCCCGGCCCGGCAGUCAAAAGCGAUGCUAAUAAGCCCCAAUAAAAAUACCAGCGAACGGCCCGUCGGCUUCUGGGGCAAAAUUGUCGGCUCUUUGUGCGUGAUCGCUGGUGUGCUGACAAUCGCACUGCCGGUACCGGUUAUCGUCAGUAAUUUCAAUUACUUCUAUCACCGCGAAACGGAUCAGGAGGAGAUGCAGAGCCAAAAUUUCAACCACGUUACAAGUUGUUCAUAUUUACCUGGUGCACUAGGUCAACAUUUAAAGAAAUCCUCACUCUCCGAAUCGUCGUCGGACAUCAUGGAUUUGGAUGAUGGCAUUGAUGCAACCACACCAGGUCUGACUGAUCACACCGGCCGUCACAUGGUGCCGUUUCUCAGGACCCAGCAGUCCUUCGAGAAACAGCAGCUCCAGCUGCAACUCCAGCUGCAACAGCAGCAGCAGCAGCAACAGUCGCCCCACGGCCAGCAAAUGACGCAAGUGCAACAGCAGCAGCAGCAGCUGGGCCAGAACGGUCUGCGGAGCACAAAUAGUUUACAGUUAAGGCACAAUAACGCGAUGGCCGUCAGUAUUGAGACCGACGUCUGA